AUGGGCGACAACUACGAACCGUUGGAUUCUCCACUUCUUGGUGGUAACGCUCCACCCCCACCUCCACCACCACCGCCCAAGAAUGAACCACGCCAACCUCCUCCUCCGCCGCCUUCCGAUCCAGCACCGCCCGAGGACGAGAAGACCGACCUCAGGUCGCCGAAUAAAAACGACAACAGUUUGGCGGCGGAUAAUGGGGAAUCUCGUGCCGAGACUGUGCCUCCCAAGAAGGGUGGGUUAUAUUGUUUUAGUUUUCCUGUGCAAUACUUAACAUAAGAUCUUGGUACAAGCAUAGUACGUUGAAAUGAUACCCAGGUCAGCAUCUAUUAGGUUGUUCAAAUAAUUUUGUACUUUCAAAGAAAAUUUUUAUGAUUAAUAAGCACAUAAUUAUUUGAACAACCUAAUGUAAAUAUCUAGUUUUAUCUAAAAUAUGCAAAAGAAUUAAUGGAUUUUAUGACAAUAUUCAAUUAAAAUGCGCAAAAAUUAAUGGAUUUGCCUAAAUUCUUGAGGAAAUAUUGUUUAAAAAUGGCAAAAUUUAGAAAAUUGGCCAAAAACAUGCGCAGAUUUAUUUUUAAUGUAACUUUUUUGAAAAGGCAGCAAUAUACUUGAGACGUUUUGUGAAUAUAGACCAAAUAUUAGGCUAACUGACCCACCAAAAACAAAUUUAAAAUUUACGGUAGUUUUUUUGUUACAGUAGUUCAAUUCAAACGUAACCUACUUUUUUAUAACUUUUUAUAAAUUUUUGAUUAAAAAUAGAUAAUACUUUACGAUUUGUGUUAUAGUACUGUGGCUGAAUGUAGAGACAGCAAGAGUUAUAGUACUGUAGCAAAUGUAGGAACUGUACACUAUUGAUAACGUUACAGUAUUGAAAAUACAGUUACCAAGACUAAUGCCUUGUUCUUAGCCAAGGGAUCAAAGAACGACAAGAAGGAGAGCACGGUGGAGAGCACCGAUGAUGACGACAAGAAUAAAAAGAAGGGCGGAAGAACGGCGAUCAUCGUGAUCUGUGCCAUUUGCAUGUUAGUGGGUCUGAUCGGAAUGGCAGCAUGCGUUUAUCUACUUCUUGCUGGCAUGAAAGUUCUCUAA